AUGGAUUCACGCAACAGCGGGAGUCCGCAGUCGUCGAGCGGCGGCGAGGAGGAGUACGACUCACGCGCCGCCGGAGGCUCCAUCUCCGCUUUCAUGAGCGGCGGCGGAGGACCCAUCUCCAACCCGCCGCCGCCGCCGCUCUUCGACCCGUUCAGCAACUAUCUCCACCUCCACCAGAACUCAAACCCAUCACCACCCCUUGGCCCGAACCCAGAUUGGGCCCGGAUCACCUCCAUUAAACCCGACCCGACAAAUCCCCCCAACGCCCGCGACGGCGCCAACCUGCUCCCCGGCUCAUCCACCAUCACGCCGCCACCGCCGGACCCGAACAGACCCGCGGCCCGAAACCCGAAGAAGCGGACACGGGCCUCCCGGAGGGCCCCCACCACCGUUCUCACGACCGACACCACCAACUUCCGGGCCAUGGUCCAAGAAUUCACCGGAAUUCCUGCGCUGCCGUUCGACGGCGGCCCCUGCCCCGGCCCGUCCUUCACCCGAGCCCGGACGGACCUCUUCGGCCCGUCGAGGUCCGCUGCCUCCUUCGCCCAGAAGAGCCACCCGCCGCCCCUCCCCUUCCUCGCGGCCACCAACUCCGUCGUCACCUCGAGCACCGCCGCCGGAGCUUCCACAUCGAAUCCCACCGUCUUCCAGAACCCAUUUCUCGCCAAUCUCCUCCAACCGAACCCCAAAUUCCCGUUCCCCGACCACCCGCCGGCGCAGUUCACCUUGGCCGGCCAGCACGGGCACGGUUUCUUGUCCUCCGAUGACCGGAAUAACUCGGGAAAGGACAAGGAAGAAAGUGAAGAGCAUAGUCUUAACCUGAGGCCCUUGAAUGGCGGAUUUGAUUUCCUUGACGGCGGCGGAGGGAAGCGGCCGGAGAGUAACAGUGCAGCCGGAGAAGAGAAGCUAAAAUUGGAGGUAAACUCACCUUCAAUCAAGACCUACGGGCAAAAGACACCAAUUGCGAGCCAAUCGGUGACCAAAGAGCCCGCCACCUCCAAUCGCAAGAACACCGGCGGAGAAGGGUUGGGCAUACGGACAAGCUUCAGCUCACAGCAGCAACACCAGAGUUCUGGGACGAUAGAGGAGGGGCGGCGGUCGAACGCGACCACCGGCCGGCGUCGUACUGCCGUCGAGGAAGGCGACGCGAUAUAG